AUGAGUCCGUCUCCUUCAUCAGGAUCGCCGGAUUGCAUGACGAAUCUGUUGAACAUGACGGACUGUCUCUCGUACGUUCAGGUCGGAGAAGGCGGUGGUGCGGCCAAGCCGGACAAGGCGUGUUGCCCGGAGCUUGCGGGGCUGGUGGAUAGCUCGCCGCAAUGCCUCUGUUAUCUCCUCGCUGGAGACAUGGCGGCUCAGUACGGAAUCAAGAUUGAUAAAGCAAAGGCUCUUAAACUUCCCGGAGUUUGCGGCGUCGUCACGCCGGAUCCUUCACUCUGUUCUCGUAAUAUAUCUCCACCACCUUCGUUCUAA